AGUGCGAUUUUAUCGGUGGUCAGUAUACUGAUACUGCACAUCCCUACGCCGACACAUGUGUACACUAAUGUUGACACUAGCACAAAGCCAUGUGCAAAUGCCCGAUGCUACCUUUUGCAAAAUGUCUGCAGUAAUAAACAACUGCUGAUGCAGUGAAACAUUCAGUCGAGGGUUAAGCGAGUCACACAGACGAGCGUUACUUGUAUCAUAAUUAUUAUUAUCGGUUGAUUACGUCACCUAUUCAAAUAUUCAGUAGUAAAAUCUUGAUAAAGUAGUGUUAUAUCGACUUCUGCGGAUUCAACUUUUAAUGCAAAGGAAAAUUGAUGUUUCAUCACGUCAAGGAAAGUGUUGUUAAUGGAUGCUCAAGUCAUGUUCAUACAGACGAACAUGAUGUAUAUUUGUGUAGAGAUAAAUGCGAUCAUUAUCAUGAAUCAAAUUUAGAUUUAAUCCGAACGAUAUGUCUUCCUCAAACAAUGAAGAAAUGCGUUUUAAAUGAAUUAACAACUAUUGGUAUUAUAUAUGAAGAAGAAAUGGCAAAACCAGCACUUAGUGCUGCUGGUGUUGUUACAUUUCCUAUCAAAUCAAGAAAUCAAACUUUCGGUAAAGUUCAUUGA